AUGCUGCCCGCGCGCUGCGUCCCGUUGCUCACGCCCCACUUGCUGCUCGCGUUGGUGCAGCUGUCCCCGGCGGGUGGCCAUCGCACGACGGGUCCCAGGUUUCUAAUAAGUGACCGGGACCCUCAGUGCAACCUCCACUGCUCCAGGACCCAACCUAAACCUAUCUGCGCCUCCGAUGGAAGGUCCUACGAGUCGAUGUGUGAGUACCAGCGAGCCAAGUGCAGAGACCCGACCCUGGGUGUGGUCCAUCGAGGCAGAUGCAAAGAUGCUGGCCAGAGCAAGUGUCGCCUGGAGCGGGCUCAAGCCCUGGAGCAGGCCAAGAAGCCUCAGGAGGCUGUGUUUGUCCCGGAGUGUGGUGAGGAUGGCUCCUUCACCCAGGUGCAAUGCCAUACUUACACGGGGUACUGCUGGUGUGUCACCCCAGAUGGAAAGCCCAUCAGUGGCUCUUCUGUGCAGAAUAAAACUCCUGUAUGUUCAGGUUCAGUCACCGACAAGCCCUUGAGCCAGGGUAACUCAGGACGGAAAGAUGAUGGUUCCAAGCCGACACCCACGAUGGAGACCCAGCCCAUGUUUGAUGGAGAUGAAAUCACAGCUCCUACCCUGUGGAUUAAGCAUUUGGUAAUCAAAGAUUCCAAGCUGAACAACACCAAUGUAAGAAAUUCAGACCAAGCAGAAGUAGGAGUUGUGGCUCCUGAGCUGCUUCUUGACCUGCCCAGAGAAAUCCACGGUGUCAAGAAAUGGGGUCAUUUAAAUGGUGAUCAGAUUGGGAACUUCAAGAAGGUUCUAGAAUGUGACCCUAGAUAUGUAAUGCCCAGUUGUGAGAGUGAUGCCAGAGCAAAGAGCACGGAGGUGGAAGACCCCUUCAAGGACAGGGAGCUACCAGGCUGUCCAGAAGGGAAGAAAUUGGAAUUUAUCACCAGCCUACUGGAUGCUCUUACCACUGACAUGGUUCAGGCCAUUAACUCCGCAGCACCCACUGGAGGUGGGAGGUUCUCAGAGCCAGACCCCAGCCACACUCUGGAGGAGCGCGUGGUGCACUGGUAUUUUGGUCAGCUGGACAGCAACAGCAGCAAUGACAUUAACAAGCGUGAGAUGAAGCCCUUUAAGCGCUACGUGAAGAAGAAAGCCAAGCCCAAGAAGUGCGCCCGGCGCUUCACCGACUACUGUGACCUGAACAAGGACAAGGUCAUCUCCCUGCCAGAGCUGAAGGGCUGCUUAGGGGUUAGCAAAGAAGGUGGUAGCCUUGGCAGCUUCCCCCAGGAAAAACGAGCAGGCACCAACCCAUUCAUAGGACGCCUUGUUUAAGGAGCAGAAAAAUCAAAGGGCUGGUGGAGAGUCCGUGGAGACAAGAGGACCAUCAGACACCUUGCCCUCAGCACUGCCUACGGCCCGGCCACAUCCCGUGUCACAGAAGUGAUGUCCACUGUGUUUGCACUUUUAAUUACUCGUCUCUGUGUGUUUUGUUUCUGGUUUCCUUUGUAAACACCAAUAUGUAAUACCACAGUGGGGAAAGGAAAGGGAAGAAAGACUUGUUUACUCUCUCUCUCUCUCUCUCAUUGUAUGUUUUUUGGAUCUGCUACUGACAACUUUUAGGGAUUUUUUGGGGGGGGGA